UCAUGAAUCUUCCCGGGUGCUGCUGUUUUUUGUCUCUGAUCCUGUGCACCAGCCUCCAGCCUUUUGGUGCAGCGGUUCUGCAGUUGAGCGGUGCUGAUGGAGAGCCACUGGCAGCUGAUGCUGGUGCAGCGUUGAGCCACAGCAGCAGUCCGAGUCAGCAGGAGAUAACGUGGCCUUUACGCUUGAUCUAUUACGUGCACGACGACAAUGAGAGCACUUAUCACAUCCUGGAUACCAAAGCCAGGAACCAGCAGAAACACCAUCAGGCUGUCCACCUGACCCAUGCAAGCUUCCAGAUCGAUGCCUUUGGCUCCACCUUUAUACUAGAUGUUACACUGAACCAUAACCUGCUGUCCUCCAAGUACAAGGAAAUCCACUAUGAGAAACAAAAGACGUUCUUUUCCAAGGGUGGAGAGCACUGUUACUAUCACGGGCAGAUACGAGGCAAUGCCAAGUCCAAAGUUGCGCUGUCCACGUGCGAUGGACUUCAUGGCAUGUUUGAUGAUGGUAACUACAUGUAUAUCAUUGAACCGCUGACACAGACACAUACAGAGGAGAACUCGGCACGGCCCCACAUUGUACGUCGCAUUCCGAUCGGAUCGGUUGACCAAUCCCUCCACUUUGGGAACCGAAGAAAGGCAAACACACCGUGGUCUUUGCUGACAGAUCUACCCUGGCUCCAAGUACGCAGGAGGAGGAGAGCGGUCCACCGCAGAAGUGUCUUCUCUGAAAUGAAGUACCUGGAACUGAUGAUUGUAAAUGACCACAAGAUGUACAAGAGACACCGGUCCUCCCGGCCUCAUACCAACAACUUCGCCAAGUCGGUGGUCAACCUCCUGGACUUUAUCUUCAAGGAGCAGCUGAACACCAGGGUGGUCCUGGUCGCCGUGGAAACGUGGUCGGACAAGGACAGGAUCGAUGUGGGUCAGGACCAGAUGCAGACCCUGCGCAGCUUCUCCAAGUACCGACAGCAGUUCAUCAGGGAGCAGGCCGACUCCGUCCAGCUGCUCUCGGGCACCACAUUUAAAAGCAGCAUGAGCAGCAUGGCAUUCUUCGGAGGGGUUUGCUCUCUGAGCCGUGGAGUCGGGGUGAAUGAGUAUGGACAUAUGUGGUCGAUGCCAGUUGUGCUGGGACAAGGCCUUGCGCAGAACCUGGGCAUACAGUGGGAGUCUGAAUCGAAGAGGAAAAAAUGCGAGUGCCCAGGUUCGUGGACAGGAUGCAUCAUGGAAGACCCAGGGUUUUACCAUCCCCACACGUUCUCCAAGUGCAGUAUUAUGGAAUACAAGGAGUUUCUACAAAGGGGUGGAGGAGCCUGCCUCUUCAACAGGCCGACAAAGCUAUUUGAGACCACGGAGUGUGGAAAUGGAUAUGUGGAAUCCGGUGAAGAAUGUGACUGUGGACUGCGAGUGGAAUGCUUCGGGAGCUGCUGCAAGAAGUGUUCCCUUGCCAACGGUGCCCACUGCAGCGAUGGACCUUGCUGCAAUUACACUUGCCAGUUCCUAAAACGAGGAUAUGACUGUCGGGAUGCGGUGAAUGACUGUGACAUAGCGGAGUACUGCACAGGAGACUCUGGGCAGUGUCCACCUAACCUUCACAAGCAGGAUGGAUAUACCUGCGGCCUCAACCAGGGCCGAUGCUUCAGUGGAGAAUGCAAAACAAGGGACAACCAGUGCAAACUGAUCUGGGGCUCAAAGGCCAGGGGCUCAGACAAGUACUGCUACGAGAAGCUCAACACGGAAGGGACUGAGAAAGGGAACUGUGGGAAGGACGGUGAGAAAUGGCUGCAGUGCAGUAAGCAUGAUGUCUUCUGCGGCUACCUGCUCUGCACUGGCGUUAGCCGAGUGCCGCGGAUCGGCCGUCUCCUUGGUGAGAUCACACCCACCUCCUUCUACCACCAAGGCAAGCUGGUGGACUGCAGUGGCAGCCACAUUAUUAUGGACGACGGGACAGACCUGGGAUACGUCGAGGAUGGAACGCCCUGUGGGCCGUCGAUGAUGUGCAUGGAUCGGAGGUGCCAGCCCAUUCCUUCCUUCAACAUCAGUAGCUGUCCCAGUGGAUCAGCGACCAAGAUAUGCUCUGGCCAUGGGCUAUGCAGUAAUGAAGCGACCUGCAUCUGCGAGGGUACCUGGGCCGGGACGGACUGCAGCAUGUACGACCCCAAACGUGAUGAGGCAAAGCCACCACCGGAAGGCCCCAAGGGUCCUAGUGCAACCAAUCUUAUAAUAGGGUCCAUCGCAGGCGCCAUCCUGGUGGCUGCUAUUGUCCUUGGGGGGACAGGAUGGGGCUUUAAGUAA